CGCUUUAGCCAAAACACGUUUUAUCCACUUCCGGUCGAAAUGGCAGAUGCAUUUGAAGAAGAUCUUUUCAAUGUUUUUGAUGCUGACACUGCAAGUUCUAGACCGGUACCUGAACAGGACUUACCAGAAAAUGACAGGGAUUCGACUGAGAAAGAUGACAGUCAAAGGGCUGAGGAGUUGCUGCAAAGUAUAGCUGGUAAACGUCCAGUUGUUUUGGAAGAUGAAGAGGAACAGAGCACCAAGAAACAGAAAACAGAAGCAGCAGGCCGUCUGGAGGUGAUGCAGCGUAUACAAGUGCACACUGUGGAGACGGUGGAAGCCUGCCUGCACGAGGUUGCCAUUCCUCCUGAGGCUGACUUCGUACCUCUGAAGCGUGCGACAACUGAGCCGGCCAAGACGUACCCAUUCAUCCUUGACCCUUUCCAGAAGGAGGCGAUCUUGUGUCUGGAGAACAACCAGUCUGUCCUUGUGUCAGCACACACCUCAGCGGGGAAAACAGUCGUGGCCGUGUAUGCGAUUGCGAUGUCCCUGCGUGACAAGCAGCGUGUGAUCUACACAACGCCAAUCAAGGCACUCAGCAACCAGAAGUACCGGGAGCUGUUUGAGGAGUUUCAGGACGUGGGACUGAUGACUGGGGACGUGACCAUCAACCCCACAGCCAGCUGUCUCGUCAUGACAACAGAGAUCCUACGUAGCAUGUUAUACCGAGGCUCAGAGAUCAUGAGGGAGGUGGGCUGGGUUGUCUUCGAUGAGAUCCACUACAUGAGGGACAAGGAGCGAGGUGUGGUAUGGGAGGAGACAAUCAUCCUGCUACCAGACAACGUGCACUAUGUGUUCCUGUCCGCCACCAUCCCCAACGCCCGCCAGUUUGCAGAGUGGAUCUGUCACCUGCACCAGCAGCCCUGCCAUGUCGUGUACACGGACUACAGGCCCACACCACUACAACACUACAUCUUCCCUGCCGGCGGGGAUGGCAUACAUCUCGUGGUGGACGAAAAUGGCGAGUUUAGAGAGGAGAACUUCAACACUGCCAUGUCUGUACUGAAGGAUGCAGGGGAGGCUGCCAAGGGGGACACCAAGGGGCGCAAGGGGGGAUUCAAACAACAAGAGAGCAACUGCUACAAGAUCGUGAAGAUGAUUCUGGAGAGGAAGUUUGCCCCGGUGAUCGUGUUCAGCUUCAGCAAGAAGGACUGUGAGGCCUAUGCCAUGCAGAUGACCAAGCUAGACUUCAAUACAGAGGAGGAAAAGAUCCUUGUACAAGAGGUCUUCAACAACGCCAUAGAUGCCUUGUCUGAUGAAGACAAGAAAUUACCUCAGGUUGAGCACGUGUUGCCUCUACUCAAGAAAGGUAUCGGCAUCCAUCACGGUGGUCUGCUGCCACUACUCAAGGAGACCAUUGAGAUCCUGUUCUCUGAAGGACUUAUCAAGGCGCUGUUUGCUACAGAGACGUUUGCCAUGGGCCUGAACAUGCCAGCUAGGACUGUGCUGUUUACCAGUGCACGCAAGUUUGAUGGGCAGGACUUCAGAUGGGUGACAUCAGGAGAGUACAUCCAGAUGAGUGGGCGGGCCGGACGUCGUGGUCUGGACGACAGAGGCAUCGUCAUCCUCAUGAUAGAUGAGAAGAUGCCUCCAGCAGCCGGCAAGGCUGUUCUCAAGGGAGCUGCUGACCCGUUGAACAGUGCCUUCCAUCUGACCUACAACAUGGUGCUCAACCUGCUGAGAGUGGAGGAGAUCAACCCAGAGUUCAUGCUCGAGAGGUCCUUCUACCAGUUCCAGAACUAUGCAGCCAUACCAGGGCUUAUAGAUCAGUUGAAGGUGACAGAGGAGCGGUAUGGCAAGUGUGCUGUACCCAAUGAGGACCAGGUCACAUCCUACUACAAGAUACGGCAACAGCUCGACCACCUGGGAAAGGAGCUGCAAGCGUACAUACAGAAGCCCCAGUACCUGCUGCCGUUCCUGCAGCCUGGGCGUCUAGUGCAUGUGAAGAACGGGGAGGAUGACUUCGGCUGGACCAUGGUCGUCAACUUCCAGAAGAAGGCUAAUCAGAGCAAAAGUGGUGACGAUGGCCCGGUGUACGUGUGUGAGGUGCUGGCCAAUCUUACCAAGGACUCGGCCCAGAGCAGGAACUCCGCCCUCAUCAAGCCACACAGGCAGCCAGGCACCCUCGGGGAAAUGCAGGUUAUACCAGUGCUAUUGCAUUUAAUACAAGGAAUCAGUGCUGUCAGGUUGUACCUGCCUAAAGAUUUACGUCCAUUAGAUAAUCGACAGAGUGUUGGAAAAUCUAUACAGGAGGUAGAGAAGAGGUUCCCUGAUGGUCUGCCCCUGCUGGACCCAGUAGAGGACAUGGGUAUCAAGGAGAAAUCUAUGAAGGACGUAGUCAAGAAAAUAGAGGCGUUUGAACAUCGCCUGUUUUCCCAUCCACUUAACAAGGACCCGAAUCUUGAGGAGUGGUACAGCCUGUAUGAGAAAAAGAUGAAAAUAGGUAAUGAAGUUAAGACAAUAAAAGCAGAACUGAAGAAGAAGAAGUCUUUACUGCAAAUGGAUGAACUGAAGUGCAGAAAGCGAGUGUUACGAAGACUAGGUUAUUGUACUGCAUCUGAUGUCAUAGAACUGAAGGGUCGAGUGGCAUGUGAAAUUAGCAGUGGAGAUGAGUUGAUGAUCACAGAGCUGCUCUUCAACGGUGUCUUCAAUGACCUGACGCCCCAGCAGUCCGCGGCCCUGCUCAGCUGUUUUGUGUUUGAUGAGAGUGCAGGAGACGUGACCAUGAAACUCACUGAGCAGCUGGCCGGACCCCUGCGCUUAUUGCAGGACACAGCCCGUCGGAUAGCUCGUGUGAGCAAGGAGGCCAAGCUAGAGAUAGAUGAAGAGAAUUACGUGGGCUCCUUCAAGGCACAGAUGAUGGAUGUCGUCCACGCCUGGUGCAACGGCUGCAGCUUCCUCGAGAUCUGCAAGAUGACAGAUAUAUUUGAAGGGAGCAUUAUCCGGUGCAUGCGCCGGCUUGAGGAGACGCUGAGACAGAUGGUGCAGGCAGCCAAGGCCAUCGGCAACACAGAGCUGGAGAACAAGUUCAAUGAAGCAAUUCGAUUGAUGAAGCGUGACAUAGUGUUUGCUGCCAGUUUGUACUUAUAGAUUGAGAAAGUGUCUGGCAAUUAAGAUGAUCUCUCUAGCAGCAAUGGAGUGAAUAGCUGUGCUUCAUGAACAGCUGAUUAUACAACACACGUGAUCAGGCCUGUAGUGGGCAGGAAACACAUGGUUUAGCUGCUUUGAUCUGAUGGCUGUACCUUCAUGAUGAGAAUAUAUGACCGGUCUUCUAGGAAAAAGGGGCUUAAUGCAUGUACGUAAAGUGUCAUCUUAGAUUAGCCUGUACAGUCCUUUCAGGGUUAUCAUGACCGACACAUUCCACAAAAACUGGAUUUUAAUUAAGUAGAGAUUGCCUUAAAUGAAAAUUUCCAUAAAAGUGGCAAGUGUUGUCUCUGUUUAGUCUACUGUCUGCUAAGGCUAAUUUGAGAUGACACUUUAUGACGGACAUGCCUAAAGAACGAGGCCCAGAUCUUGUUAUUUCUACAGGCUUGCCAUGUAUUAAAAGUUUAAAGGCUCCAUGAGCUUUCAUGCUUUGGCAGAACUGUACAAUCUGAGAAGAAUUUCAGGAAUUGAUGGCCUUGCAUCAGUCACAAUGGUUGACUGUCUGUGGUACUUGGUGUACAAGAACACUGUUGCGAAGCAGAUUAAUUGUGGUAAUCAUGCUUAAAUUUAGGAUAGAUAACUGGUUGUAAAGAUUUUUAAUGAUGAUUAAAUAUUGAAGCGUUAAUGCUUGAAGAGAUUAAAUUAAAAAUGCAACUUAUUACAUAUUAAACAUUUGUUUUCAAGAAAUAGACUUAGUAAAUACAAUGUGUGUUUUAUGUCUCAACAAAGUGAAUCCAUUAAUCACUUUAGCACUGUCCAGUUGUUUAUUCCUCUAGAUUUUGUCUCGGCUGUUUUGGAGAAAACCCGAGCUAUUGUCAUAGCCAGCUUGUCAGCCAGCUUGUCGUCCGCCGUAGGCGUCGUGCUAAAACCUUAACAUUGGCCAUAACUUUUAAAAUAUUGAAGAUAGCAAUUUGAUAUUUGGCAUGCAUGUGUAUCUCAUGGAGCUGCACAUUUUGAGUGGUAAAAUUUCAAGGUGAACAUUAUCCUUCAAGGUCUAGGGUCGAAAAAACAAAGUCAAGGGAAGUAAUAAGCUUUAAAUGGACAUGGUUAUCUGACCUGUCCACGUAUAUAUUUUUGAUUAAUAAAUCAAAGCAGCGCAGUAGGCGGCAUUGUGUUUCUGACAAACACAUUGUGGUAAAAGGUCAACGUCAAGGUCAUCCUUCAAGGUCUACAGUAAAAAAUACACAUUUAAGGGAAGUAAAAAGCUUUAAAGGGAGAUAAUUAUUCAAUAUUGAACAUAGCCUUUUUAUAUAUUUGGCAUGCAUGUGUAUCUCAUGGAGCUGCACAUUUUGAGUGGUGAAUCUACAGUCACGGUAGUGGCUUUUAAUUAAUUGCUAUUAAAAAUAGAGAUUUGUUAGUGACAAUUAUUUUCAAGGGAAGUAAUUUAUAUAAUUAUAAAUCUCAUAUUAUAUAUUUCCUUACCAAGAAUUGAAGUUCUUUUCACAGUUACUGUACAGAUUUAUUAUUUUGAUUAUUUAUAAUUCAAAUGAUUGAUUUGACAAAGUUUUUUUUGAAAUGACAUAAUUAUCAUUUCUUUCAUGUACUUAGUUGUUAAUUGUAGUGUUCAUUACAUACCUGUGGAUUAAUGUCCAUAGAUGCAUGAUGAACUCUGUCUAUUAUCUCUUUGUUAACCCCCCCCCCCCCCCCCCCCCCCGUUUGGAUUGGACAAAAUCCAAGGGAAGUAAUAAGCUUUUAAGGGAGAAUAUACCUACCAAAUGAUAAAUAGAAAUUUUAUUUCAAAGUGGCGAAGUAGGGGGCAUUGUGUUUCUGACGAACACAUCUCUUGUUGGGUCACUAGGUCAAAGGUCAAUGUCACUGUGACCUCUAAAAAAAAAUCUAAAAAGCUUUCGCAGCCGAGCGUGGCACCCGUUAUGCGGUGCUCUUGUUUUUAAUUGACUCUGCUGACUAGCUGCUGUGUUGAUUUCUCACAAUCAUGAACAACCUUAAUGUCUACUUUUUUUGGUUUUCAUAAAUUUUUCAGAAAUACUGUAUGAUGGCUUUUGUUCACUGUAUAUAUUUCAGAUAAAUUACCUUUUAGAAAAUAUUGGGCCAGCUAAACUGUACCUAAAAAUCUAUUUGUAUUUACUUUUAAAAACAUUUAUAAAAAAAUAAUGGACACUUUUUCCUGACAUUCUGUGUUGGAACAAUGUUUUGGGAAAUCUUUUUCAGUGGUAUCAAACUAAGUAACAUUACUGGUGGAAUAUUGAGUAGAAUAAUAACAUUUACCAGAUAAAUUUCGUAUACUUUUUGAGUUUCUUUUAUGUGUAAUGCAUGGGAAAUUCAUAAUCCGCUAUAUCGUUAAUUUAAGUAUUUUGUCCCUGAGAUUUGAACUGAUUGCAGCCAAAUUGUUUGUAGUUGUUGUGUAUAUAUAUAUAUGUACAUGUAUGUUUGUUUUUGAAUUGUUUGAUAUUAAUAAAAAUGCCCUUAUU